AUGUCAGCUAACCGUGCGAACACAUUCACCUACCGUGCACAGCGGAGCACUGGAACCAACAUUCCAGCCCUGGAGCAGCUCUACUCAGCUUUGGAAGCCGCACUUCAACCCCGAAUCCACGUCCCCUCCGACGUGCUUGACGACAUCAUCGAUGCAUCACAGCUCGAAGCACGUGAGUUAAUAGACGUAGCGCAAAGACACUAUGAGUCGGCGAAGGCCCUCUACAAAGAGGCAUCGGAUGAACAGAUUUUCAGGAUUGAUGAUGACGACAUACCGUUCUGCAAUCACGGCAGGUCAAUUCUUGAUCGGCAGCCAGACAUUACGCUUGAAGACGACGUCCAGGACGAGCCUCUGCAGGAAGACAAUGGCCCCCAAGAUGGACCUGUGCCACCGGCAUUGGGCGGCGAGGGGGAAGGACAGCAGCGACAACCGUCCCUUCCAAUCUCACCGAUCCAGAGAACCGCUGAGCGGCCCAGUGCGCUACCGCCCAGGCCAGAUCUUCCCAUCGCUGACCUGGUGAAGCAGUUUUUCCAGCAGAAACCUGACCGCAUCGUGACAAGUUUUGAGAUAUACACUUUCGUAGCGGCGAACAAGUCGAACAUCGGCAGUUGGAACGGUCUGAAGAGUACUGUCCGGGACGCUCUUUCUGAGGGAGAGGAUGUAACUUAUGAAAACGGUGUCGAUAAACGGUGGAGGUAG